CAUGGUUCGUAUUGUGCAAUGGAUGUCCAGCUCCGCCACCCUGCAUGUGCCGAUCUAUAGUCAUAUUAUGUGCCAACUUGAAUCUAACAUCCGUUCCGCAUUUUUCAAAUCCUGUUGACAAUGAUUCGGCAUGGGAUCUUGAACUACGCGAUAAUGAAAUAAGACAAAUACGUUAUGGUGAUUUCAAAAAUUUGAAACUACGUAAGUUAUUUAUCUCAAACAACAAAAUCAAUGUGAUCGAGAAUGGAGCGUUAACCGGAAGUGAAGGCUCACUACUUGUUAUUGAUUUGAGCAAUAACAAACUGACAUCUAUUCCAUCAGAUGUUGGCAGACUAAAGCAUCUAACUGAUUUAGAUAUACAUGACAAUCCAAUGAAGACUAUGAAUGAAGAUAUUAUCAGAAACAUAUCAGGUUCUCUGUUGUCCUUCAGUUUAGGUCACGAAAUAAUGACGUCUUGGCCACAAUGUGUUGAACGCCUGGCACAUUUAACGUCACUAUCAAUCUUUAGCGUGAAUAUUCCAAAAAUACCUGAUGACGCAUUUAACAAUUAUAGCCACUUAAAUAUUCUUGAAAUAAUUUCAACGAAUAUAUCUAGUAUUCCGACAUCUAUUGGAAAGCUACUAAACCUACAAAAUGUCAACUUGUACAAUAAUCUGAUUCUUGCGGAAGACAGUUUUCCUCUAAAUAUUUUCCAGGAUUUACAAAAUCUUUCGAGUAUAAGCAUCGUGAACUGUAGUUUGAGAUCACUUCCUUUGACGUUUUCUGAAAUUUCUAGUUUGUCCUUCUUGGACAUUGAAAAUAAUCCAACUUCGUAUGUUGAAGAUGGAGUAUUUGAUAAGCAUCAUUCUUCUAAUGUUUGGUUUAUGGCUCUAAAGAAUACAAAGUUGACGAGCAUUCCAAGAACAGUAUCAAAUUUAACAAGUUUGACAUUUCUGAAUUUGAUAAAUGGUCUUAUAGACGAAAUAAAGACAGAGGAUUUAAUAAAUGUAACGAAGCUUGAAAGAUUGUUUUUAUCUGGAAACCCCUUGCGGAGUAUAUCUGAGGAAGCGUUUAAGGACCUGGAAUCCCUUGAAUCGUUAAUACUUGAUAACACCAAUCUCACUACAGUACCCAAAGCAGUGCUAAAUCUUCCGUCCUUAAUGGGACUGAGUUUAGACAAUAAUGGAAUCAUGUGUACAUGCAGAACUUUAAAAUGGAUGAAAGACUGGCCUCGUUUGGCAAAAGUCUUAAUUGUAGGAAGCUGUGGUAAUAUUAGAAUGACAAUCACAGAAUAUAUAAAACAAGAACUACCGAAAUGUGAGUUAUAAAAUGUCAUGUACAUGUACCUAAUCAACUAAUGUAUUUGACAUGUACAAUUGUAGUUCCCUUUUUCAAAAGAUGAC